AUGGAGCAGAGAAUUGACUUAGACAUGAUCAUAAUACGAGCAGAGGUGGAAGAGAAGGAAGAGAAAUCUUUAGAAGAAUCUACAACAGAUCACUCAUAUUUGCCAGAUGAUACUGAAAGUAGCCAUAGCUCGAGCUUAAACGAGUUUUGGGACAGUGUGCACGAGGAUGCAGAAGUUCUCGAAGUCAAUGAGCAUGACAUUGUGUCUAAGAAGCGUGCUAGAAGACAACCAGAAAGGUUUGGGUACAGUAAUUUCAGUAUGAGUAACAAUGUGGAUGCGUGUGACGAUGAUAAUCUAACUUAUGAAGAUGUGAUGAACGGCACAGAACGAGAAGCCUGGUGUAAGGCUGUGGACGAAGAGCUUCAAUCUUUCAGUGACAUAGUGCCUGGGAAU